AUCUACUUCAAAAUUUGUAUACAAAUAAAUAUGGGAUUACUUGAAAUUCCCUGCAGCUUUUUAAAACCCAUUAUCCUUUUGAUCCUAGUGCUUGGAUUUGUUCUUCCUUCUAAGGCACAAGAUUAUGACUGCUUAUCAGCAAUAUUCCAGAAAUUAUCUGAAGGAAACCAAGCAGAUCUACUCCCGAUGAUUGUUGGAACUGGCAAGGAUUUUAAUGACCUAGGAGAGUAUGACCUAUGCAUUAAUAACCCAGGCACUACUUAUGCAGCUCUCAAUGUGUUCCCACAACCUAUCUUUUUAGGCGUCUGCAUCCCAAGCUCCUGUAACAGUGCCAAUACAAAGCUGAUUGCUGAUGCAAUCACACAGUUUGCUAUUACAUCAGGUAUUUUUGGGAGUGGGAAAAUUUAUUUCCCUGACUCUGAGCCUCCUCCUGUGACUGUAGGCAACUGGAUAGGCUUCUUUGCAUUCGGAUUACUAAUAGCAAUUUGACUUCUUGGAAUUAUAGUUGAAUAUUCUAAUCUUUUCGGAAAGAUAGACUACGAGGGUAUUGAAGACUCUAAGCAAGACAAAGCUCUCGUCGACUCUAAGAACACCCUCGGCAAAUUCUUCCUAUCUUUCUCAUUUUCAAGGAACCUGAGGAAAAUGUUUUGGACUCCACAGAGGAGUGAUGACUACUUGAGUGUGCUCAAUGGGCUGAGAGUUAUAAGUAUGGCUUAUAUUAUUUUUGGGCACAUUCACGAAGCUAUGCAAGGGUUACCCAUCAUUAAUCCAGAUGAAGCCAUGAAAAUACAAAAGAAUUGGUACGGAAUUUUUGUAAUGGGCGCUUUUUACUCAGUGGACACAUUCUUCUUCCUCUCAGCUUUUCUUGGAGCAUAUUUGAUGAUCCCUAAACUCAUGAAGAUUAGCAUCCUGAAUUUUAUUAUGAUCUAUGUGCACAGGUUCAUCAGGAUAUUUCCUGCACUAGGGUUAUACAUUGCAUUAUUGUUGACCUUCAUAAAUUUCAUGGGAUCUGGUCCAAUCUGGGACUCAGUCGAUAUAAUGUUGAUUCAAACAUGUAAGAAGUAUUGGUGGACAGUUCUGACAUUCUCUAAUAAUUUCUAUCCAGGUACCUCUGACUUGGGCUGAAUUGGAGUCUUGUGGUACAUAUCCAAUGAUAUGAUGUUCUUCAUGAUUCUUCCAAUUGUGGUCUUUGCCUACUGUAGGCACAAACUCAUUGGGUAUAUCCUUACAAGUGGGCUUAUAAUGAUGAAUAUUAUCAUUGUUUUCAUCAUUUCUACCGUGCAUCAUCAUCCAAUGACCAUCAUGAAGGACGGAAACCCAUCAGAAAUUUAUCACAAACCUCACGCAAGGUUUGGAGCAUACUUCGUGGGAUGUCUAUUCGGUAUCAUGUAUUACGAGUGGAAGAAGUCAAAGACCGCUCCUGAAUACGAGAGAACAAUCGGAGCUAUCUUCUUCAGAUUUGUGGAAUCAAGCAACAUCAUCAGGUAUCUCUUCCAUUUGAUUGGCACAAUAAUCAUACUUUUCCUGGUCAUGAUUACUUUUACUGAGACGAGCAAGCCUAAUGAGAUAGUAUGGCCACAGAUUCCUGCCAGCUUCUUCAAUGCUCUGCAUAGGCCACUCUUUGUUACAGGCCUUGCUCUCUUCCUUGCAGGGCCAAUGAUUGGCAAAAGCAGAUUCCUCCGAUUUAUAUUAGGAGGAUCAGCCUGGGCUCCAUGGGCAAAGAUAACCUUCAUGGUAUACCUGAUCCACUUGAUCCUCAUAAUAUGGUUCUAUGCACAGAUCAGGCAAGCUCUUUAUAUGACCACCAGAGUUGCUGUCUAUUAUUGGUUUGCUGCUUUCAUUUUGAGCUACUUAAUAGCUAUACCGAUUACUUUAUUAAUCGAGUCACCUAUCUUACAAUUAUCCAAACACCUACUUUUUACAAAAUGCUCCUCUGUUUCAAACUUUAAUGACAUUAAAAGACUAAAUUCAACAAAUCAUCAAUUGGAAAAGCUACUCCUAUCCGCCCCUUCCCAAAAGACAACGAACCUACAGAAGCUAGAGGCAGAGCUAGAUGCCAAAAUGAGACUCCUAGACCCCGCUAGUUCUCCUGAAAGAAACUCGAUGAUAAAUGAAACUAACGCAGACUAAAUCUUUCCUGGAGUAAAUCCCAAUUAUAUCUGAUUGCAUUCAAUCU